AUAUAACUCUAUCAACAUCACAUCACAUCACACGGUGCAAAAACUAACGCUUCAACGCUUGAAUUCUUAUCUUCUUCACUCCUCAGCCGUGCAGCCACAAGCAGACCUCCACCGACCAUCGUCUUCAGUGACUGUAGCCACCACCGUCGCUUCCUAGGAGAAGAGACUGAAACUUGAUGAAACCGGAGAAGACGACAAUGGGAGAGGAGGACAUGGAUAUAUAUACACAAGAUGGAACUCUUGACAUUUACAAGAAACCAGCAAACAAGAAGAAGACAGGAACCUGGAAAGCUUGCAGAUUCAUUCUCGGUACUGAGUGCUGUGAAAGAUUGGCUUACUAUGGAAUGAGUACUAACCUCGUGAACUAUCUCGAGAAACAAAUGAAUAUGGAAAACGUCACUGCAACCACCAGUGUCAGUAACUGGUCUGGAACAUGUUACGCUACGCCUUUGAUCGGUGCUUUUAUUGCCGAUGCUUAUCUUGGCCGAUACUGGACCAUUUCUACCUUCGUCGUCAUCUACAUUGCCGGAAUGACGCUGUUGACCAUGUCCGCUUCUGUUCCUGGUCUAACACCAACCUGCAACGGAGACAAAUGUCACGCAACCUCAGCUCAAACCGCGCUUACAUUUAUAGCGCUUUACUUGAUCGCACUCGGGACAGGAGGGAUCAAGCCUUGUGUCUCGUCCUUUGGUGCUGAUCAGUUUGAUGAUACUGAUGAAGAAGAGAAAGAGUCUAAAAGCUCUUUCUUUAACUGGUUCUACUUUGUAAUCAACGUUGGUGCGAUGAUUGCUUCCUCUGUUCUCGUUUGGAUUCAGAUGAAUGUUGGUUGGGGUUGGGGUUUAGGCAUUCCCACCGUCGCAAUGGCUAUCGCCGUCGUAUUUUUCUUUGCUGGAAGCAAGUUCUAUAGGCUGCAGAAACCAGGAGGAAGUCCCCUCACAAGAAUGCUUCAAGUCAUUGUGGCUUCUUGCAGGAAAUCUAAAGUGAGAGUCCCAGAAGAUGAAUCUCUUCUUUAUGAGAACCAAGACGCCGAAAGCAGUAUCCGAGGAAGCCGGAAACUCGAGCACACCAAAAUAUUAACGUUCUUUGAUAAAGCAGCAGUGGAGACAGAGAGUGACAACAAAGCAGCAGCUACGUCGUCCUGGAAGCUAUGCACAGUGACACAAGUAGAAGAGCUCAAAGCACUGAUCCGUCUCUUACCGAUUUGGGCCACAGGGAUUGUCUUUGCUGCGGUUUAUAGCCAAAUGGGCACUGUGUUUGUACUACAAGGCAACACGAUGGACCAACACAUGGGACCUAACUUCAAAAUCCCCUCCGCAUCGCUCUCCUUAUUCGACACGCUUAGUGUCCUCUUUUGGACACCCGUCUAUGACCAGCUAAUCGUUCCCCUUGCCCGGAAAUACACAGGUCACGAACGCGGAUUCACGCAGCUUCAACGGAUGGGAAUCGGCCUUGUAAUCUCUAUCUUCUCUAUGAUCUCUGCGGGAAUCCUCGAGGUCAUAAGGUUAAGCUAUGUUCGAACACACAAUCUUUACAAUGAGGAGACUGUCCCGAUGACGAUAUUCUGGCAAGUGCCGCAGUAUUUUUUUGUGGGUUGCGCAGAGGUUUUCACUUUCAUAGGUCAGCUUGAGUUCUUCUAUGAUCAAGCUCCUGAUGCUAUGAGGAGUCUCUGCUCAGCUUUGUCGCUCACAACGGUUGCAUUUGGGAAUUAUCUGAGCACAUUGCUGGUGACAGUGGUGACUAAUGUCACGAGAUCGGGUGGAAGACCUGGAUGGAUCGCCAAAAAUCUCAACAAUGGUCAUCUUGAUUACUUCUUUUGGCUAUUAGCUGGUUUGAGUUUCUUGAAUUUCUUGGUCUACCUUUGGAUUGCUAAAUGGUACACUUACAAGAAAGCGACAGGGCAUGCGCUUUGAUGAUUCAAAAAAACAUCAAAUGUUUUAUAGAGAGAAAUCUCGUACUCCAUUUUUUCUUCUUCAUGGUUUCAUUCUGAAUCGCCUGUUUGAUAAUUUCUUUACUUCUUUCUUACUAAAACAUAUUUACAGGUAUUUAUUAUAAUAGAUUCUUUUGUUCCA